AAAUCUAUUAAUUUAGUGUCCAAUUUGAGUGAAGAUUCAUAUGACUAUGUGUUUGGUGGUCGACGCAAGACUCCGCCUUCUACAACAGCACUUAAGUUGACCUCGCCUCCUGUACGACUGAGACCAGAAGACGCUUAUAAUAAUACACGCAACAUUAGUAGUGGUGGUUUUGGUUCAAAUACAAAUAACGGAAAUACUGGUGGUGGUCGUUUUUAUCGUCACUCCUUUAGCUACGUACCCAAACGUUCUCGUCACACACAAAACGAACGUGAACGUAAUGCAAAUUAUGAAUCAAGAUUAAGAUGUCAUGGCGAAGAUGAAGCAACCCUGCGGCAAUUGUUACUUGAGUAAGUAUUUUCUUAUAUACAUAUAUAUAUAUUUUAAUCUUUAUCUUCAUCUCUAUCUCUCUCUGUAUAUGUAUCUUAACUAUAUUUGUUUCUUUUUAAACAACACAUAUUUAUUAUUAAAAACUUAUAAUUUUAUAUAGAAAAAAGUAUAUAUAUAUACUAUAUCAACUUAUCAACACUUCCAACUACUCACUUUUUACACUAUAACAAUAAAAACAACAAUUUAUUUAAAUACAAAAAAAACCAAACACACUUACACUUUUACAUUAAUACUUUUACAUAGAAACUUAUUUACAUAGAUACUGCUACAUACAAUAAUACAUAUAUAG